GCCCACAGAAAGUGGAAGUUGUGCAACUGCUCGGCAAGCAAAGCAGAAGCGCAAAUCACACAGUCUUUCUAUACGAAGAACCAACAGUUCUGAGCAAGAAAGGACGGGAUUGCAAAGAGAGAUGUUGGAAGGGCAGCAGUGAUAAGGGACAGCUGAGAUACUGGCCUAGCAGAAAGGGCACAUUGGAUUAUUUUGGAUUACUCGAGGCAUUGGUCUAAAAGCAACCAGGACAACAAGGGCAAAGCUUGAGAGGUUAAGAGCUGCUGACAUUUUUACUUUUAUAUGGAUACUAAACUUCCUUCAUCUGUUCGGAAUACACUUUUGGAGCUUUUUGGGCAAAUAGAGCGAGAGUUUGAAAACCUUUAUAUUGAAAAUUUGGAAUUACGUCGAGAGAUCGAUACACUUAAUGAGCGCUUAGCAGUUGAAGGACAGACAGUUGACGGAGCUGAACUGAGCAAAGGACAACUGAAAACAAAAGCCAGUCAUAGUACCAGUCAGCUUUCACAGAAAUUGAAGACCACUUACAAGGCAUCUACCAGCAAGAUUGUAUCCAGUUUCAAAACUACAACAUCAAGGGCAAUCUGUCAACUGGUGAAGGAGUAUGUUGGCCACAGGGAUGGUAUUUGGGAUGUCAGUGUCACGAAAACUCAGCCAGUGGUGUUGGGGACAGCAUCUGCUGACCAUACUGCCUUGCUGUGGAGUAUAGAAACAGGAAAGUGCCUUGUCAAAUAUGUAGGUCAUGUUGGAUCAGUAAAUUCUAUAAAGUUCCAUCCAACGGAGCAAGUAGCUCUUACAGCAUCUGGAGACCAGACGGCUCACAUUUGGAGAUAUAUGGUACAGUUGCCCAUGCCUCAGCCAACAUCAGACUGCAAUCAAAUGUCUGGGGAAGAUGAAAUUGAGUUUUCAGAUAAAGAUGAACCUGAUGGAGAUGGAGAUGGUUCCAGUGACUGUCCCACUAUCCGAGCUCCUUUAACCUCCCUGAAAAGCCAUCAAGGAGUAGUCAUAGCAGCUGACUGGCUGGUUGGAGGGAAGCAAGCUGUAACAGCUUCCUGGGAUAGGACAGCAAAUCUGUAUGAUGUGGAGACAUCUGAACUUGUCCAUUCACUAACAGGGCAUGACCAAGAGCUAACCCAUUGUUGUACACAUCCCACUCAACGUCUUGUGGUGACAUCAUCACGUGAUACAACCUUCCGUCUGUGGGAUUUCAGAGAUCCUUCUAUCCAUUCUGUGAAUGUCUUUCAGGGCCACACAGACACCGUGACAUCAGCUGUUUUCACAGUGGGUGACAAUGUUGUUUCGGGUAGUGAUGACCGUACUGUAAAAGUCUGGGACUUGAAAAAUAUGAGAUCUCCUAUUGCUACUAUCCGUACAGACUCUGCAGUGAACAGGAUUAAUGUAAGUGUUGGCCAAAGAAUCAUUGCCCUUCCACAUGACAACCGUCAGGUUAGAUUAUUCGACAUGUCAGGAGUGCGAUUAGCACGGCUCCCUCGCAGUAACAGACAGGGCCAUAGAAGAAUGGUUUGCUGUUCAGCUUGGAGUGAAGACCAUCCAAUAUGUAACCUAUUUACCUGUGGGUUUGAUCGUCAGGCGAUUGGCUGGAACAUCAACAUCCCUGCAUUGUUACAGGAAAAAUGAGAUGCUGGAAGAAUUUUUGCUUUUGUUGCCAUGGACUUGUAAACUUUUGUUGUUGAUGCAGACUCUUCUGAAUAUUAGUCUGCCUUCAUUGUAAAAGUUCUCCCUUAAAAGGAGCGCUUUGCAAAUGUUGUUGUUACCACAUCGUGCACCAUUUGCAUGUAAUGUACAGAAAAUGUGACUUUUUUAAAAAUUAGUUUGUCUUGUGUAUGAACUUUUAUAUCUUAGCAUCCACUGGUCAGUUGAAAGGAGUUCACUGUUCUAUAGAGCACAUACAUAAGUGUUCGUAAGCUAUUCAGCAUUUGCUAGAUGAACAUUAGGGCAUUACAUUUGUGACUUUAAUGUGAAAUUUAUAUACUUAUUGUGAAGAAUAGAUAAUAGUCUACUGCAUUUUCCAUAAUUUUACAUAUCUGCCUCGUGUUAAAAGGAAUCUGCAGGGCUGAACUUCAAGAAGUGUGAAUUUCAGUAAUAGUAUCAUGGUAAACAUUUUCUUGUUUGCAUCUGUCUGAAGUAUGAUUUUUAGUGCUGCAAUGUAGUGUAACUUCAACUCCAAUUUUAUUCUAGUUACUGGAGAAAUAACAUGGAUUUGAGAGAGAAAAAGCAAGCAAACUCUUACAGUGUGCACAGAAUGCUACAUUAAAACAUUCAGGAUGUUUUUGCACAUUUCUCUUGAAAAAGAACAAGAAAAUGUUCAUUCUGCCCUUCAUGCAUAAAGCUCAUUCCAAUCUUAUAGCAUUUCACACUAGCGAAAAUCCAGAAUAUUAUGAUUCUAAUCACUGAAAUCUAUUCAAGCAAAUUUUAAAGCACUUUAGUUUAUAGCUAUUGUUAUAAACCAUUUAUGAAUGUGAGUUGACUUAUAUAGGAAGGAUUUGACACUUUUUGGUUACCUACCCAGAAAGGAAAUUUUUUGUUUUUACACCUUCAAUGAACAUAUUUUUAAAUGGAUUCAUUUCCCUAGUUUUAUUUUGAGCCAGCAUUAUGUAGUAAAUGAGUGCUACCUCAAAAAAUGAAUUUCGGUCAGGAUAGGUUGAGUCUUUCCGUAACCUUGAAAAAGUGCUUUUGGUCUGUGUCUGAAAUACUGUCUUUAAGAUGAAGAAAGACAAUUAUGCCAAAUAUGGUUUUUAAGAUGAUUAAUACUUAAGGCUAAUGGGGCAAUACCACAGAUAAACAUCACGUGUCAUCUUUGUUCUUGCAGCUCUAACUAGGGCUGCUGCAGUCCCUUCUCCAUUCCAGAGGGAAUAAUUCUGUAGUUUUUCCCUCCUUACUCCCAAGUGAUCUUACACUGGCUUUGCUCCUCACUGUCUUUAGCCUUGUUGUACUGGCAUUGUGUUGAGUUAUUGCCAGCUGUUGCUCAAAUAAGCAAAUGCAUGUGGCAGCUGACAUUUUCAGAAGGAAGAGGAAGGCUGCUUCAGACAGACCUUUUAGCGGCCUCUAACUGUCUGACAUAUCACAGCAUAAGAUGAAAGAUCAAAGUAAUUAGAUGGUGUCUUUUUAUAUAGUAGGAUGUUUAAAGUUGAUUACCAUAAGAUCUUAAGUAUUAUGAUCUUUUAAUUACAUUCUUAUGAUUAUAUGAAACAAUAGCUGAGCUGGAGUCCUCUACAGCACUGUUUAGAUUGAAGUUGAGAGGCUGAUUUGUUAACCAUAUCUUUCAUUCAUUAGUAUAUGAACGCAAAGAGGUGGAAUAGGAGGGGAGAAUAAGUGCACCAUUAAGUAAUUAUUAAAAAAUUUGGGUCCUAACAGUAAGCUGAAGCAUAAAACAAUGAAAGGAUAAGAAGGGGUGAGACACACUAUAAGAGAAUGUAUGUGGUGACUUCAUAGAGCAGAAUGUCUUCAAAUAGCUUAAUUUUUUUUCAGAACACUGGUUUGUCUGAGUUUCAGUAUAUAUUAGACCGUGAGUCUUUCAUAAUUGCCACACUUCUAUACCUGCUAGUGAAAGGUUCAGGUGAUCAGCUGUAGGCUUUAACUGCUGGUAUCAGAAGACUUUUAUUUAAAGGACAGUGUCACAGUAUCUACGGUAAUUGUCAAGUAGUUUUUUGUUUCUAACAAUUUGGAAGAUUAAAUUUAAACUCUCAUCAGAUUUUUUUUACUCUCUAGGGCAUACACACUGGGUUGGUGUUGGGCUACAGACAUGUUUUUUUACAAACAAGACUAAAACAUCUUUUUGUUAGAGAGGAGGGAAAAGAAACAUAAGCAUGGAUGCAGUCUGGAUACUUAAAAAAAAAAAAAAAAAAAAAUCUACACUUUUGCCAUGUGCACCUCCUGCUAA